AUGCCGGAGUUGAAGGAGAGUGAUCUAGAGGAGAAGUUCGUGCGCGGUAGCGGCCCUGGUGGACAGUCCAUUAACAAGACCCAGAACAACGUCCAGCUCCUGCACGUUCCGACCGGAAUACGCGUAACGUGCCAGGAAACACGCUCUUUAGAACAGAACCGCAAGAUUGCUCGCAAGAUACUACUAGACAAGCUUGAUGCCAUGGCGAACCCAGGGCUAUCCAAGAGCGAGAUGAAGCGCGCGAAGCAACAAGAACGCGAGCGUCGGCGGAGAAAGAAAGCGAAGAAGAAGGCACGAUUGGCUGCGGGCAGUGAGGAUGAAGAUUAG